AUGGCAUCCCCACCACUCUCCCCCUCCCUCCCCUUCGAGGUCCUCGACGACACCAAGCCCGCCGACAACUCCCUCCCAGCCUUCAUGGUGUCAACGACGCGCGGCUUCCUACCCCGGAUGGAUCCCAUCGUGUCCCUCCCCGCCGAGUUCGACAUGGUCGAGUCCAUCCUCGCGCGCAUGCCCGUGAAGACGCUCACGGGCGAGCCGGGCUUGCUGUUCUACGGCACCAUGGGCGACGUCGUGCUCGAUGAGCUGCCUGACUUGACGGAUGCCGUCGAGAAGUACAAGGAUGACUUGCCGAUGCAGAAUGCGCUGUAUAGAGAUUAUUCGUUUUUGGCGUCGGCGUAUUUGUUAGAGCCGUGUCAUAUUCGCUUCAUGAAUAAGCAACCGUAUGGGCUGGGGAGGGAUAGGUUGCCAGUGCAGUUGGCAAGGCCAAUUGCUAGGUGUGCUGAGCUUUGCGGCUUCAAACCAUUCAUGGAGUAUGCAGGCUCCUACGCCUUGUUCAACUAUAAGCUCGUCGAUCCCGUCCAGGGCCUAGCCUACGACAACCUCCGCCUCAUCCGCGCUUUCGAGCAUGGAUUAGACCCAACAUCUUCGGAAGCCGGGUUCGUACUCAUUCACGUCUCCAUGGUGAAGCACUCUGGCCCCCUAGUCGCCGGCGUAAUGUCCUGUCUCGACGCAUGCGCGCCAACCGCCAACCACUCAUUUCCCCUGUCCCAACGCAAAGCUUUCAACGGCGGCCUAACUUCCAUGCUCUCGGCCAUGGAGAAAGUAAACGGCGUCAUGGAACAGAUGUGGAAGAAAUCCAAGCCCACCUCCUACACGUCGUUCCGGACUUUCAUCUUCGGCAUCACGUCGCAGUCCAUGUUCCCUAAUGGCGUCGUCUACGAGGGCAUCAACGACGACAAGCCCCUCGAGUUCCGCGGCGAGAGUGGCGCCAAUGACUCCAUGGUCCCGCUUCUGGACAACUUCCUGCAGAUCGGCAUGCCCGACACCCCACUCACCGAGAUCCUCAAGGACUUCCGCAGCUACCGCCCCGGUGACCACAAGCGGUUCCUUGAGUGGGUGGCCGGAGAGUCGGCACGGCGGGGAAUCCGCAAGUUCGCGCUAGGAUUGGGCGAGUCCGAGGACGGCGAACAAGGAGACUUGCUGCGCGAGUCGAGGGCGCUCUGGAUCAAGCUCAUGAAUCAGGUCCGCGACUUCAGAUGGCGGCAUUGGUGUUUUGCGCGUGAGUAUAUCCUUAAGCAGACGAGUCAUCCAACUGCCACGGGUGGAAGUCCCAUUGUGACGUGGCUGCCGAACCAGUUGUCGGCGGUUAUGGAGGAUAUGGCCGAGGUAUAUACCCAGGUGGGAGGUAGUGGUGGUGGGCUGGGCAAGGAUUGUAUAGAGAUUAUGGAGUUGGUUGAGAGGCAGAGUGAUGGGCUGAAGAAGGAGGUUAGCAAGUACUGUGCAGAGCGGGGGGUCAAGGCCGCUGGGUACGCUUAA